GUGUCAGCGGCAGUUCGUGGACAUGAGUCGUGCUCGGGUGGAGGGCCUUCUUCUGGCAUUCCCCAAGCUGCUCGGUGCCGGAAGGCAGCACACCUUUGUGGAGACCGAGAGUGUGCGCUACGUGUACCAGCCACACGACAAGCUCUAUGUGCUGCUGUUGACCACACGUGCCAGCAACAUCCUUGAGGACCUGGAGACCUUGCGGCUGUUCUCACGUGUGCUGCCUGAGUACUGCCGUGCCUUGGAUGAACAAGAGGUGGCAGAGCAGGCAUUCAACCUCAUCUUUGCCUUCGAUGAAAUCGUGGCCCUAGGCUACCGGGAAAGUGUCAACCUGGCCCAGAUCCGCACCUUUGUUGAAAUGGACUCGCAUGAGGAGAAGGUCUACCAGGCUGUUCGACAGACUCAAGAGCGCGAGGCCAAACAGAAGAUGAAAGAGAAGGCCAAGGAGCUGCAGAGGGCACGGCAGGAGGCACGCAAGGGAGGUGGCGCACGGCCUGGUAACUUCAGCACAGGCUUUGGCUCUGGCUCAGGCUUCACGCCUACAGCCGUGUCUCCGGACACGCUCAGCGAACCGUCAUCGCCCAAACCAUCUACCUACCUACCACCUAGUCGCCCAACAGCCGGCAGUGGGCCCAACAAGGCGCUCAAACUGGGCAGCAAGCACCGAGAAUGGGACACUUUUGCUGAUCAGCUCAAGCAGGAGGGUGAAACCAUCUCAAGUGCAACAUCUGCCAAAUCCCCGUCUUCUUCAGCAGCUGCCCGAAACAUUCCACAACCAGCUACAAUUGAAGCGGUGAGCCUUAACAUCGAAGAAAAGGUGACCCUGACGGCGCUGCGUGAUGGUGGCCUGCAAAAUCUAGAAGUGCAUGGGCUGGUGACACUCCGCAUCACAGAUGAGCAGUUUGGGCGCAUCAAACUCAUCUUUGAGAACCAUGAUGACAAGGGCGUCCAAAUACAGACGCACCCAAACAUCGACAAGGAACUAUUCAAGAGCUCACAGCAGGUGAGCCUCAAGAACCCGACCAAGCCGUUCCCCAUCAACUCUGACGUGGGCGUGCUGAAGUGGCGUUUCCAGACUCAGGAUGAGAAGAUGGUCCCCCUUUCCAUCAACUGCUGGGUGUCCGAAGCUGGCGGCAGCAACUGCGACGUCAACAUUGAAUAUGAGCUGGAGCAGGAGCAAUUGGAGCUGAACAACGUGGUCAUCAGUAUUCCGCUCAGCAGUCACGGGAGUGGAUCAGUGGUGGUGAACGAGUGCGACGGCGACUACCACCACGACAGCAGGCGGGGUGUGCUUGAGUGGCAGCUGCCGUUGAUUGACGCCUCCAACAAAGCGGGCAGCAUGGAGUUCUCCGCACCUGGCCGCCCCAACGACUUUUACCCGGUUCAGGUCCAGUUUGUUUCCAAGACGCUCUACUGUGACAUGCGGAUUGUGAAUGUGGUGUCUGUGGACGACGAGACACCCGUGAAGCACUCGCUCAACACGUACCUCAUAGUGGACAAGUACGAAGUCAUUUGAGGGACCUACGUUUCACCAUGAGGCAAUGUUUGAGGGGAAACAAACAAGCAGUACAUUUGCUACAGUUCCACGAGUAUCAGCACCAUGUACAAGAGGGCUACUGUUCUUUUUUUUUUCUCUUUUGCUCUGUCUACCCAAUGAGUUAGUAAAUGUGGCAAAAGAAAUAAAAACUGUUU